GGCUCACCCAGCCGCGUCAGGCCGCGUCUCCUCAAUUCCUCGCGGGCGGUGGCUGCGGCCGCGGCGGCGCUACAAGUUUUGACAUUUUGGCGGCGGAGGAGCGCGCCGGCAUUUCCGAGCCGACGGCUGUGGCAGCGGCCGACCCUCGGGGGCCCUUCAGCUGCGCCCCGGCGCUCCCGCAGCCCAAAGUCAGGGCGGCCACGAGGCCCGGCCGCGUCUUCCCGCGUUCGUCGGCCGGGCGGCUGCAGCCAUGUCACGGGGGCCGGAGGAAGUGAACCGGCUCACGGAGAGCACCUACCGGAAUGUUAUGGAACAGUUCAAUCCUGGGCUACGAAAUUUGAUAAACCUAGGAAAAAAUUAUGAAAAAGCUGUUAAUGCUAUGAUCCUUGCGGGAAAAGCCUACUACGAUGGAGUGGCCAAGAUUGGUGAGAUUGCCACCGGGUCCCCUGUGUCGACAGAGCUGGGCCAUGUUCUCAUAGAGAUUUCAAGUACCCACAAGAAACUCAAUGAGAGUCUUGAUGAAAAUUUCAAAAAAUUCCAUAAAGAAAUUAUACAUGAGCUGGAGAAGAAGAUAGAACUUGAUGUAAAAUACAUGAAUGCAACUCUCAAAAGAUACCAAACGGAACACAGGAAUAAAUUAGACUCUCUGGAGAAGUCUCAAGCAGAGUUGAAGAAGAUCAGAAGGAAAAGUCAAGGAGGACGAAAUGCACUCAAAUACGAACACAAAGAAAUUGAGUAUGUAGAAACCGUUACGUCUCGCCAGAGCGAAAUCCAGAAAUUUAUUGCAGAUGGUUGCAAAGAAGCUCUACUUGAAGAGAAAAGGCGCUUCUGCUUUCUGGUCGACAAACACUGUAGCUUUGCAAAUCACUUACAUUAUUAUCAUUUACAGUCUGCAGAAUUACUCAAUUCCAAGCUGCCCCGGUGGCAGGAAACCUGUGGUGACGCUACCAAAGUGCCUGAGAAGAUCAUGAAUAUGAUCGAGGAAAUAAGGACCCCGAGCUCCACCCCCGUGUCCGGGACGCCCCAGCCCUCACCGAUGAUCGAGAGAAGCAGCAUGGUUGGGAAAGAUUAUGACACUCUUUCUAAAUAUUCACCAAAAGUGCCCCCAGCUCCUUCAGCCAGAGCGUAUACUAGUCCUUUGAUCGAUAUGUUUAAUAACCCAGCAACAGUUGGACAGAAUUCAGAAAAGAUAAAGAAUUCAACAGAUUCUUCAGAUGAUCCCAGUUUACAGCGAUCAGUUUCUGUUGCAACUGGACUGAACAUGAUGCAAAAGCAGAAAGUAAAAACCAUUUUUCCACACACCGCCGGCUCCAACCAGACCUUGCUCAGCUUCGCCCAGGGAGACAUCCUCACGCUGCUUGUCCCUGAGGAGAAGGACGGCUGGCUUUAUGGAGAGCAUGACACCACCAAAGUGAGGGGCUGGUUCCCAGCAUCCUACACAAAGUUGCUGGAAGAAGAUGCAAAGGAGGCCAUGAGCGUGCCCAUACCAAGCCCGGCCCCGGUGAGAAGCAUCAGCACCGUGAACUUAUCUGAGAAAAGCAGUGUCGUCAUCCCCCCACCUGAUUACUUGGAAUGUUUGUCCUUGGGAGCGGCUGCAGAUAAGAGAGCAGAUGUUUCCAAAAGUAUCUCUACCUUUAAAGCACCGGUGUCCAAGCCAGAAGCCACAUCUCCUAACGAUGCAAAUGGGACAGCAAAGCCUCCUUUCCUCAGCGGAGAAAACCCCUUUGCCACUGUGAAACUCCGGCCGACGGUGACAAACGACCGCUCCGCACCCGCCAUCCGAUGA